UAUGUCUAUAAUGAUGCGGUAUUUAGUUUACUUGACACUAGCAGCGCUGUGCAUGUCGGAACCGACUGUCGAACCAAAGACAGAUGACGCUCAGAGCGAAGCUGAAGAGCCACCGGAAGGAUACUACGCCUUCGUCGAGUCACCGAACGCUACACCGCCUAGAGUGCGACCGCCUCCCUACCGGCAAGUGACGUCAGAGUGCGCAUCGACCGGCGACCGCGCUCACGUCAGCGCCAACAACCUGUGCGGGGAUCUCAAUAGGGGCCUCAUACCACGGAACCCGAUGGGACAGAGCCCUAAUGGCGAACCUUAUCCUUUCGAGUUGAUACGCAACCACACGCUGCGCUUCCUAUCGCGCACGCUGCCCGUGCUGCGCGCGGACGAGGCCCUGCCGCGCGUGGCGCACGUCGCGCACGACGCGCACGAUGCGCACACGAACGCGCCCGACCACGCGCUGACGGAGGUGCAGCACAACAGACUAGAGGAGCGCGUCAAGCGGUCGCUGUCGGACGAGGCGCCGGCCGGCGACCUGCGCAUGGAGCACCGCGCGGCCGACGCGCGCGACAGCAGACACUUUUGCGACGGCGGCGGAGUAUUUUGUAUGCUGUACCGAGCUAUUAAUGGUGAAAGUUCGGGACCAGAACGCCGAGAAGACCCUGGAGUUGGUACUCACACACAUACACCCCAUUCGCCACCGCACAAAUAUGAAGGUCCUCCUACUCCCUGUCCUGCCCGCGUAGAGUAUGCGACUCCCGUGUUCGCUCGCAACUACCAAGGAGUAUGGCGCUAUGUCGUACAGAUACCCUACGAAGGAUACUUCACACAGACCGUCGAAGUCACAAGAUGUAUGCAAUCCCGCUGCCACUACCUAGAGGGCGGCUGCCUGAGCUCGCCGCGUUGGCUGUCGUUGCUCGUGGCCGAGCUGCACUACCCGCCGCCGCCCGCCGCGCCCGCGCACUCUGAUUACCAACAGUUCGCGCAGAAGCGUCUGGGUGAAACGGACAGCAGCACGGAGAAGCCGCCGCACUGUGACGGACACGAUGAACUCGGCUGCUAUCAGGUCCGUCUGUACUACGACUGGUUCCUCGUGCCAGGCUCGUGCAAGUGUUGGCGGCCAGACUACUUCGCGCGUUACGUGCGACGCAACCACCACGAGCUGUGAGCGACAAACACACACACACAGAACCGCAUUCUAAUGUAGACGACGAGUCA